AUGGCGGCUGCGGCUGCACGCUGGAACCAUGUGUGGGUUGGCACCGACACUGGCAUCCUGAAAGGAGUGAACCUUCAGCGCAAACAGGCAGCGAACUUCACGGCGUCAGGACAGCCGCGGCGCGAAGAGGCGGUGAGCGCCCUGUGUUGGGGUGCGGGCGGCGAGACACAGAUCCUGGUGGGCUGUGCCGAUGGGACAGUGAAGCACUUCAGCACCGAAGAAGGCAGGUUCCAGGGCCAGAGGCAGUGUCCUGGAGGGGAGGGCACGUUCCGAGGCCUCGCCCAGGUCGACGGCACCCUCAUCACAUGUGUGGAUUCUGGGAUUCUUCGAGUCUGGCAUGACAAGGACAAGGAGGCAUCCUCUGACCCACUCCUGGAACUGAGGGUGGGCCCUGGGGUAUGUAGGAUGCGCCAAGACCCAGCACGCCCCCACAUCGUUGCCACUGGUGGGAAGGAGAAUGCUCUGAAGGUGUGGGACCUGCAGGGAUCUGAGGAGCCUUUGUUCAGGGCCAAGAACGUACGGAAUGAUUGGCUCGACCUGCGGGUUCCCAUUUGGGACCAGGACAUACAGUUCCUCCCAGAGUCACAGAGGCUCGUCACCUGUACAGGGUACCACCAGGUCCGUGUCUAUGAUCCAGCCUCCCCUCAGCGCAGGCCAGUCCUUGAGGCCACCUACGGAGAGUACCCACUGACAGCCAUGACCCUCACUCCUGAGGGCAAUUCAGUGAUUGUGGGGAAUACUCAUGGGCAGCUGGCAGAAAUUGACCUUCGACAAGGGCGCCUGCUGGGCUGUCUAAAGGGACUGGCGGGCAGCGUCCGAGGGUUGCAGUGCCACCCUUCAAAGCCCCUACUAGCCUCCUGUGGUUUGGACAGAGUCUUGAGGAUACACAGGAUCCGGAAUCCACGGGGCCUGGAGCAUAAGGUUUAUCUCAAAUCUCAAUUGAACUGCCUUCUCCUGUCAGGCAGGGAUAACUGGGAGGAUGAACCGCAAGAGCCUCAGGAGCCCAACAAGGUGCCCUCAGAAGACACAGAGACAGAUGAACUGUGGGCCUCCUUGGAGGCAGCUGCCAAGCGGAAGCUCCCCAAUUGGGAGCAGACCCAAGGCGCUCUCCAAGCCAGACGGAGAAAGAAGAAACGGCCUGGGUCCACCAGCUCCUGA